CUUCUUGUGAGAGUUUUUAUUCUAAUUUAAGGUUUACGCAAUUCAGGUAUCUUUUUGUUAGUUACAAAGUGUACGGCGACUUUGCAAGGGUCGCUCGCCUGCACGGCCACGCACAGCGCACUACUACACUACAGCCCUCCUCGUCCCUGCCUGCGCCCGCUUGCCUCGUGCCUCGCUCCAUCCAUCAGUCAGUCACUCGACAACACGCGGAUUGGACGUUACUCUCUCGUUCUCUACCGGUUUGUUAUUCACGCGGACAAUUGGGUCACGAGUGUACGAUACUUAAACGUUGUAAAUUUACCAAGUCUUGUUUAGUGAAUGAUUGAUUGUUAACAGUGAUAGUGAAUCUUGAUUUUGUGACAAAACAGCGGCCCUUUUGAAGUGUACGGGAUGCGUGCGUGAGCGCAGCGCAUGACGUGCUACGAAACGUUGAGAGCUCCGGCACCCGCCGCGGACGCCCCCAUGGCGCACCACUUUGUCAAGUGGUGGCGCAACAAGUUUAGAAAUGGAUACAAGAAAUUUAGCAUUGGUACAGAGAGUGAGCGGACAGACACAGAAGAGCUGGUUGGUCGUGCAGCGUCGCAAUGUUCCGCACCUCCAGACUUGCUACCGAGUGAGGCGCGAGCAUUGCUGGUUCCUACUACACCACCGCCACCUCCCCCACGCACGCUACAGCCCCAGGAACCCAAGUGCAAGCCCCCGUCCAAACCACCGUCCCCUGCUCCACCACAAGACCACCGUGACGACAAACAUCCAAGACUACGAUUUGAGGAGCUGACAUGUGAUGUCGAAUUGAAGCACCCAGAGCCAUCUAAGCAACAACCUUUGCAAUUUUCCUUCACUCUGUACGACCUUGACGGCCACGGUCGCAUGACAAAAGAUGAUAUCGCCGGCAUAGUUUCAACAAUUUACGAGUCGAUAGGAAAGUCGGUCACAGUCCCACAUUACGGGUCCAAAACCAUACAAGUACGACUAACUGUUGUACCGGAAGACGGAAACGCACGAACGCAUCGCGAGCGACGGGAAGCCCGGCGCCGACGACGGAAAGAACAAGCGAACACCGUACAUCCCGAAGUACUGGAACACUCUGACGAUGAACAACGUGACAGGCUUUCACCUGACGAGGACGCCUCUUCAAAAUCUUCGUGUUCAGGGGAAAGAGUAACGCAACAACGACUUAAUGUGAAUUAUCACUCUAGACCUCAUCGCAACCAUCGAAGGGAGCAUCGCGAACGGAAGCAUAUUAAGAAACGGUCCGGCAGUUUGCAGAGGCGUGAACUGUUAGAGAUAAUUCAGGCCAACAUGGAGAAAAACCACCUGAGCUUUCAAACUUCAAGAAAGCCCAGUGAACACGUCGCUAAUGAAGAAGAAAUCACCAGUAAAUACCAAAAGUUAAGGAACAGAUCGUUCACCGUAAGCGAGAAACCAGUGAAUGCAUUCCAAAAAAUCAAAACGGAGAGUCCCGGCCAUGGAUACUUAGAUUUGGCUAGCGGAGGUGAUUCCAAUUUGUGUAGAUAUGACAGAUAUCUACAUGCGGUGAUAUGCUCUUCCGCGCGUCAUGCACAUACAGGAUACCAUCAGAAACAUGCUCAAACACCACGUACACCUAAAACGGCGCAAGUGCAUCAUCCACGAUCACGCUCCCACGAUUUACCAGGUCAACUAUCCACGACACAACAACCGAGGGUAUUACAAAUCAUAUUCUUAUAGGGCACGAGAAAGGACACUGUCGGCGACGACUUUGUCCUUUUUUACCUUCUAGAAUAAUUUUCAAUCAUUUUAAAUUUACGAGUUACCAAAUGCUAUAUUAAAUAUUGUAAUGUGUAACGGGAAGUUUAUGCAUAGAUAACAUGUUAAAAAGGUUAAGAACACAUUUCAAAACGCUCUUCAAUUUUUUGUAACGUGAUGUUCAACCUUUAGACUUAAACGUGUAAAAAUCAUCUUGUUUAAAAUUGAUUCAACAUUAAUUGCUUAUAAAGCACUUCUAGUUAUUAUAGUCGAUUAUAAAUAGAUUAAGAUGACAUGAAAAUCAACUACUUUGUGAAGGUGCCUUAAUUUUUAUAAUGGUCAAGACAAUCAAGAAAAGAGUGAAAUUUUCUUAAGAUUUUAAAAGAAAGAAAGAAAUGAUUUAUUAAUUUCGCUUAUGAUAAAAAUAAUGAUAAAGCAUUAUAAAAAUAAACAUAACGAAAAAAUGUUACAAAAAAAAUGUAAUGUUUAUGAUUUUUAUGUGUUCAGGGGCCAAACAACAAGCUCUUAUAGCAUUGUUUAAUCUGUGCAGCAAGCGAGACAGCGCUAUUAUUCCGUAUCCGUCCCGCUCGCUACACGGAUUGAACAUUGUUUUGAGAGAUGGUAACCCCCCAGGCCUCGAUUUCUCAAUGUUGACACCUGGUAGUUACGAAUGCUCAGUAUAAUAAUGUACCUUUUGUAUAACUCUAUCAAGAGUUUCUAGACUGAUUUAUCUAAAACUAAGUAUAAGUGUUCGGAAUACAAUAGUUUAUAAUAUUGUUAUGUUGUAUUUCAUUGUACAUAAUGUCUGUUUAUAUGGUACUUAUCAUUCGAUUGUUAUUAUAAAAAUAUAGCGUCUAUUCUUUAAAUUUUGUGGAAAAUCUUGCUCCUCUGUUGCAUUACCAAAAUCAGUAUUUAUUAAUCUAAGUGAAUGAAUGAAUCUCUUAAUAUGUUAAUAUCUACCUCUUAAUUGACCUUCAUUAUUAAUUUAUUGACGUAUGCAUUACGUAUUUUUUAGUUUAGAUAGCUAUUGUGAUAAUUCCUAAUUUAACUAUUAUGUUCAAAGAGAAUAUUUGGCCCAUGAUAUUAAGGUGUACCCAUUGUAUAAUAUGAAAUGUACAAAGUGCUCGUUCUUGUCAAAAUAUUUAUUGUAGGAUAUAAUAAUGAGAUUAACUUAC